AGACGAACAAUGCUCAGAAAAAAAAAAAAUUUAUAUAAAAAAUGGAAAAGAAAAGAAACUUGCUUCCAGUGGAAAGGAAAGGAAGGCAUAAGCGAUCUCCCAACACUCCACUCUAGUGUGGGCAAACUCUGCUCCAAUCAAAACCAGAAACAGCUGAGAAAAGAAAACGAGGAAGAGAAAAGAAUGGGAAAGAUCGAAGCUUUAACAAAAGUUUGCGGCUUUGUGUCGCUAUUCUUCCCCUGAUUCUGAUCAGUUGGUGGGUUAAGCUCGAAGAAGAGAAGAAGUGGGGUUUAGAAGAAGAAGCAAGUAUGAGUGUUUCUGUAACUGUAAUGACCUUCAAUCUGGAUGAAGAUCAGGCAGCAGAGGAUAGUAGCAGUAGCCCCAAUUCAAGGGAGAAGAGGAGGGAUUUGUGUUUGAGUGUCAUUACCAGUUACUCCCCUUUCAUCCUUUGUACUCAACAAGGAGUGAAGUCACAGUUGGAAUAUCUGCAACAAGGUUUGCCAGGUUAUGAUCAGUUUGGCGUGUCAAGGAAAGGGUUCGAGGAUAGUACUGACGAAUACUGCAACAUCUUCUACAACAAGGAAAAGGUAUAACUAUUAGAAGGAGGAACGUUUUGGUUAUCGGAGUCUCCAUCUGUCCCAGGCAGCAUAUCAUGGGGUGCUUCCGUUCUAUGCAUUGCAACUUGGGCGACAUUCCAACUCCAAGGAGUUGAGCCCCCAGGCUUCCCAUUCCAGAUAGUGAACACAAACAUGGACGAGUCGAGCCCUCGUGCCAGAAGACGAAGCGCUUUGCUCACCUGGCAGCACAUCGCGUCUUUACCUCCUAGCCUCCCUGUUGUUUACUGCGGUGGAUUCAAUACCAAGAAGGAAUCAACCACAGGGCGUUUCCUUCUCGGUCGAUCAAGAGAGCAUGGAUCCAUGGGAGAUAUGAAAGACGUGUGGCCCAAUGCUCGAGUGAGGAAGAAUGUCUCCUUGAUACACACUUACCAUGGAUUUAAAGGUAACAAGCAAGGAGCCCUGGAGUUUGUGAAGUUGAUCUUCCGAGCACUGUGCCUUUGCUGGGACAGGCAGACACAGGACCUCCACAUAGAUUGGAUCCUCUACAGAGGGAGGUCCUUGGAUCCCAUCUUUAUGUGAAGUGGUGAGCGACAAUAUCGAUGGCUUCUACCCUUCCUCUCAUUACCCUCUUUUCGUGGAGUUCAUGCUUCCUCGUUCUGUGAGACUCGUCGAACAACCACCAGUACCAGCACCAGCAGGUGCUGGGCAGAAAAACCAAGCUGCAUAAUGAAUCCAGGGUCUUUGCUGGUUCCUGAGUUUCUUUAUUUUUUUGUCGAUUUCAUACCUCGAUUCAUUGAUUGUUGCAGGAAUGUCUAGCUAAUUAGGUUGUUGUCUGGCCAUAUAGAAGGACUGUUUGUUGUUCGUAGGACCAAAUUUGAAACUUCCCAACUUGUUAUAUGUGCUUGUUGGAUUUUGAUUGUCUUUGAAUAUAUGUUGGAAAGAGACUUUUGGGUAGUUUUCUUCAUAAUCAAGAUUGUGAAGUGGGAGAUGUUCAACAAGUCUGGUUCUGAAUUGGUGUUGGAAAAUUGACUGCUGGUUUGUCUUGAAAGAGACUUUGGGUUCCUCAGUGAUGUAUGUAUAAAGGACAUAU